AUGACUGCCGUCUGGAAAGCCGCUGGCCUUACUUACAACCGUUACCUGGCCAUUGCCGCCCGCACGGUGCGCCGGUCUCUGAAGGACGGUCCUCGUCUCGCCUCUGAGCGCCGCGGCCAGAUGGACCUCCGUUUCGCCAAGUGGGAGAACGGCAAGCAAGGCAACGUCCGCUCUCUCGCCCAGGCCAACGAUGAGGCCGUUGCUCAGGCUGCUGAGAAAUAA